GGGCAUUCAAUGUUAUGUCUUACAAAUGGCAAAAGGAAAAUUGGGGAUGUGAACUGAGUGAAAAUGAACGAAUUAUUGACUGGUCAUUCUUAGCGGAAUUGAAUUUCACAUUAGUUGCUUUACUGACUUCUAAAGGUGGAGUUCUAAUUUAUUCCAACGUUGGAAGCAGUGGCGUCAGACUCUGUGUUACUCAUUUACGGAAAUUUGCUCCAACUGUAAACGAAGCUGCUGCUAUAUGCGUCCUUCCUGGUGCUAGUGGUCUAGCAUUUAUUCUUUUAAAAGGGAGUGUUUUACUGGUACCACUGCGAUGUAUUCUGGACGUUCCGUGGGGGAGAUGUGAUAUUUUGGCCAAUGAUUCUAUUUCAAUUUUGGAAGUUAAUGGUGUGGAAGAAGGAUGCCUCUGUACACCAACGUCUGCACUCUGUUACACUGCCUAUCAUUUAAAUCGUCCUUACUUAAUAUAUGCAAAUAAGGCUGGACAACUAUUCAUUAUUGAUUUAACUAUGAUGGUAGUGUCCGUAAUGUUAAGAGCACCAGAAAGCAUUCACAAUAUUUCUUUGUAUGCAAGCAAAGGCGAUGCUCAUUUACUGGUAAGCGGUUUCACCGGUGAACAGUGGAUAUUGCCACUGGAAACUGAUGGACGUGGCUUGCGUGAAACGUUAGGUCAGGUUAUACCAUGGGAUUUAAGAGAACAGUAUCACAAAACAUGUCAAAUCAGUGUUGCCUUCGAUGGGAAUCUUGCUCUGCUUAACACUGAAGAUUGUAUUGUCAAAUUCUACGACGAUACCGAUAUGAAAAUAGCGAAAAAUUCUGUCUCUGUACCUGAAAACACGUGGCAGGUACAUAUCCUCCCACAUGCGAUAUUUGCUGUUACUGAUCAGGCUUCUGGUACAAGAGUUUCGGUCCAUUUCGGUGGUUUGUUUAGUGCUGCAAAGAUUUUUUACGAAAAAAUCCUUGAUUUUUCAAAUGAGAAAAUAUUGGGUUUUGUACCGAUUCUAUGCGAGAAUAUUCUGCCUUCGUGUUUGCUUGUGACGGAACAUGAUCUUAUCGUUUUAUCCCCGAAUAAUUGUGAGCUUGCUGUUACAAUACUGCAGAGUUCCUGUGAAAAUGAUUAUGAAACGUUUAGAUCUUUACGCGAGGUUCUGGUUGAUUAUAUCGCGAAACUCGACUAUAGUUAUAACAUUUGCAUGUUGGUUGCUGAAACAUUUAGAAUGAAUACCACAGAUCUAGUUCAAAAUGUCCUCGACGAUACGUUUUCCAUUGUUCAGAAUUCUAUGGAUCGCGAAAUCAUUUUGGAUAAACUGAUUCAUCUUGCACUUGAUUCAUCUAUAGAUCUUAUCACUUUAAUACAGUGGUGCAUAAAAAAUAAUUCUGAACAUGCUCUUGUCGAAGUGGUGAGAGACAUCUGUGCAGGAGAUCCAAAUGAAGAAAGUAGACAUCACAUGAUCAAUCUGUGCAUGGCUCGUUAUAAAGCCUUCCCUCAAGACAGAGAUAAGAUUGAAACCAUUUUAAACGAAUUUUUGGUGCGACAUCCAGAUGUUCACAUUGGCAUGGAGCAGUUGCUUGAAGAGGAUUUUUGGACCAGUGUUACUAUAGUCGUUGAUAAUUCGUUAGAUAAAGCUGAAACUGUGGGAAGAUAUCUAGCAAAAACCGAAAAGAAUUGGCCAGUUGUUCAUAGUUCAUUUAUUGUGAAAAUUUUGUCAUCUUUAUGUUGGAAGUCAUACAGCAAAGAGGAUGGUGAAAUACUUUUACGCCGCAUGACGGAAUUUGUACCUCAUCUCAGAUCUGUGCCACAUCUCACUACAUUUGCUAAGAUUGGUGUCGAACAAGUGACGAGUUAUCAACAUAAUGCAGCUGUUCUGUACGUGUUAUCUUCGCUACAUUUGAUGCAAGCAACAUACAAUACUUGUCUUCCUUCUGCAACGGAUAACAUUAUCUCAAGUGGAUCGAACUUUACCGCCGUAGUGACUUCAGAAGAAGGUCUUGGGUAUUGGGGAGAAUUCUCCCCAGGACUAUUAAAGUCGAAAGAAUAUGAAAAACCUCGUGAGCAUUGCGUAUCUCGUUUAUGUAUGCUGGAUAUACCCACUAGAAUUUCUAGCGUUUCUUGCGGCACUGAACAUCUGCUCUGCUUAACUAUACAGGGGAAGGUCUAUGCGUUUGGUCGAAAUAGAUUUGGUCAGUGUGGUGUCGGCCAUACAGAUGAGGUUACAGUUGCAACAGAAAUUGUUGAUUGUUAUGGGAGUGCGCGUACAAUAUGUGCUGGACAUUACCAUUCAGCUCUAAUCAAUGAAAAGGGAUAUGUUUUCACUUGGGGUUGGUCGUUUCAUGGACAGCUAGGAAUUAAUACUCACUCCUCAUUUGCAGACAAACUUGUUCCGAAUUUAGUGAAGUCUUUGAAUGGGCGAGUUAUUUCAGUUGCAUGUGGAUAUGCACAUACAUUGUUUUUAAUGGAAUCAGGCGUUAUUUAUUCUUGCGGUAACGGGUCAUAUGGACAGCUGGGUACUGGUGUUGAAAUAAAAAAACGUUUUGAACCUGAAGCAGUUCCCGUGCCUGAUAAAGUUAUUAUGAUUGCUUCAAAGUAUUUUCAUUGUUUGGCAGUAUCCGAAAGGCAAAAAAUUUACUGCUGGGGUACUAAUCCACAAGCAUUGAAGAUGAAAAUGUUUGUCAAGCGAAGAUUGCGCGCAGAAGUAGAUAAGAGUACUUCAGCGACUGGAAAGAAAAAUGACAAAUUGGCAAUCAAUAACGACCAUUUAAUAGUUACGGAAUUAGAACACAUGGUGCAAGGGAGAAUAAUACAUAUUGACGCAGGUUAUAGUCAUUCAGCUCUUAUAAACGAACAUAAAAAUCUGUACACAUGGGGUAAAAGUUUGGAUAUGCAACUGGGUCAUGGAAACAAGAAAGAGCAAGAAGAACCUCAUCAACUGUUUGAACCAGCAGAUGUAGCUUGGGAUUUUGUUUCCUGCGGAUACGAUUUCACUACUGCAGUAACAUCUAAAGGCACUGUUUACGUGUGGGGGAGAAAUUAUAAAGGCCAUUUGGGCGUUGAAUCAAGCGUUUCUCCAUCAGGUAGUCGUAAAAUUGUGUUUAAAACAGCAAAAGGUCCUUCGAAAACAAUUGAAGUGGCUGGUGACAGUCCGUGCAUACCACGACCAACGAAGUUUCCAUCACUCGUUGCAUUUACCCUUACAGAAGUCUGCUUCGACGAAGUGAGAAAACGUAGUUUCAUUGAUUUUGUGAAAAAAAUGGACUCGAACACGAUCUCAAAUAUUUCUUCGCAACUUCUUAGAAAUCCAGUGUAUUGCCUUCCCGCUGUAUAUGUUCAUUUAUUGGCUGGCGAUCUCAUUCAUGCUAUUGAAUUUCUUGUGAGAAUACCGUCAAAAGAAAUGGAAGAAAUGGUGGAUAAUAAUAAUGAACAGGAAGGAAGCGCAUUAUUUGCUUUUAUUGAUGUUGUCUGGGAUUUGUUGUGCAAACACCCAAAUUUCACGGUUCAAUCCAAAGCUGUAUCGGAUUUGCUGAAUACUUUCGCUGUUAGUGAUCGUGUUGUUAAGAGCAAGGAAUUGAGUGCAUUGGCUCCACUUCUUUUGAUUUCGAAACCAGAAGUACUUUCGUCACUAAAUUCAUUUGAAACCCUGGAAAUUUUAGAAAAAUGGCAACCUGAUCUAUCUUUUCAUGGCUUACAAGUAUCUCAAAAUUCUGUCCAGGUUGGGCAAUCAGUCUUUAAAGACGAAAACAUGAAUAAUGAAGCGAUGUUAUAA